UAAAGUCAAAACUGACCAGUUAUGCUGGCUCAGUUUAGUACAUUGUGACUCUUGUAGAGUUCUUAAUUUUAAUUUUACGCCAGCCAUGAAAUCUUACUUGCGCAUAGUUCUGGUUGCUAUCAUAGCUCUGCAUUGGGUGGACAGCCGAGAUAAUUCCCGAAUAACAACAACAAACUUCAGCAACGUACGUGGUCUUGAAGAGUGUCCUUUCAGCAAUGAAAUCCCUUGUCCAGCGGGGCUUACCAAUUGGUCUUGCUUCUGUAAAACUCUUGAGCCAGAAAAGGGACGAUUAAUUUUUAGAAACUGCAAUGGCGGAGAAACUAAAUCUUGCCCGCCGCCAAUAAAUCCUGUGUUCCCAGGCAGCGCAACUCAACCAUCUAGAGAGUCAAAAAUUCAAAGUUCAGGGUCCCAUAAUCGUCCUCCUUCAAACUUUCCUCCCCAGGGUGGAGCAAACAACGGAGACGACCAUUUCAACAACAAUAAUUGGAACGGAAAUAGCAAUUUAAACAACAAUUGGGACAAUGGCAAUCCAGAAACAUUUCCCGGCACCGACAACCGUCCUUUCAGCGGCGGCCAUCAAGGAGGAGGCCACUUCAACCCUUCGUUGCCGCAGAUCGGCAAAAGCACCACUCCGCCGCCAAGAGUGAAACUUCCGGCUAGCUCGUGCCCCAAACCUGUUGGUCUGAUCGUGGGGCUGAUUUUCCUUGGCGUGAUUGCACUGGCGUUGCUCGUAGCCUUGCUGGUGGUGGUUCGGAAAUACAAGCAAGCGCUUCAGCAGGUCAUCCAGAUGAACGAGCUCUACUCAGUCAUGGGCUUGGACAAAAGCAAGACGCUCCCGCAAGCAGACAAAGUCAUAAGCUUGAGGAAAAUAAAAUCACGCCCAUUGUGAGAUAAAGGAAGAAAAACAGUAAAAUCAGGAAAAAAAAAUUUAAUAUAUAUUUUUAAGUAGUUUCUGAAUGAUAAUCAUUUAUAAAUAUUUUAAAGAAAAAUUUAAGAAAUAUUUUAAUCUUUAAAAAUUUAAUAUGCAACUAAAAAUAAUUUUAACAAGAAAACUACAUCAAUUGCUAUUCUUUUAAUAUUAAUUGAGAAUCGUAAUAAUUUUAUUUUUAAAGGUAAUCAGAGUAUGAAAAUUCGGAAAAUUUCAAAAUUGGAUUUUCUCAAUUACUGUAUAAUAUGAAAUUUCUUCCGUAUUUUACAGAAGUCCAUAAAAUAUAAAAUUUUGGUAUACCUA